AUGUUAUACCAUACAGAUAUUCAUAUAUACAUAUAUAUUUAUAUAUUAAAUAAAAUGGGUCCACCGUGUGAUUGGCAAAUAUCAAAACAAAAAAUAGCCCAACGAGGACGUUAUCUCUUAGAGUCUGGACAAUGGUCAGAUUGUAAAUUUAUUGUAGGUCAAGAACCACAACAACAAAUCCUUGAAGGGCAUAAAUUAUUUUUAGCAAUGUCUAGUCCUGUAUUUGAAGCAAUGUUUUACGGUAGCAUGGCAGAAAAAACAGAUCCAAUUCCUAUUCGUGAUGUCCAACCAGAGGCAUUUAAAACACUAUUAGAAUACAUUUACACGGAUAAAGUUGAUUUAGGGUCAUUUGAACUGGCAUGCGAACUCUGUUACUGUGCUAAAAAAUAUAUGUUACCGUUUUUGGUUGAAGAAUGCACUAAAUAUUUAUGGUCUGAUUUAUCCCCAAAUAAAGCAUGUAGAGCUUAUGAAUUUGCAAAAUUGUUUGAAGAACCAGUAUUAAUGGAUAAAUGCUUACAAAUAAUUUGUACAAAAACUAAUGAAAUUUUAAAUGAACCAAGUUGGGAUGAAGUUGAACUUAGCACAAUUAUGACCAUCUUCGAACAGGAUGAAUUACAAAUAGAUUCAGAAAUAGAAUUAUUUGUUGCUAUUGAACGAUGGGCAAAAGCUGAGUGUAAUCGUAAAUCAUUGAAUCCAUCAGAUGCUAAAUCUUCAAGAUCAGUUAUUGGUAAUGUUUUAUCUAAAAUACGAUUUUUAACUCUAACUCCACAACAAUUUGCUGAUGUUCCUGGUAGAUCAAAUCUUUUAUCUCGUGAUGAAGCAUUUUCAAUACUUAUGAACGUAUCAUCCAGCGGAAGUAACAUUCCUAUGCCAGAAGGAUUUUCAACCAAUCCAUUGCAUAGAAUAAAACCUCGAAGACCUACUGGUCUAAGUAAUGGACGAAGUCAGAAAUACAAUGGAGUGAUAGGUCGGCACGCUAGUCCAGCAGGCUUAUCAAAUCAUUGGCAGAUAUUUCCGUCCACAUCAUAUAGUCAUACAUCUCUAAUAAAUUCAGAUACUGACCGUACUGACAUUGACAGUUCAUGGUUAUCAUAUCCUACUACUAUUGAUUUUAAUGGAAGAAAAGAAAAUGGAAGUUCAACUGCAAAUGAUAAUAUUCCUACAGUACUAGUUGAAGGCGGAAUCCGAGAUGGCCCUAAAUAUUAUUGUUUGCGAUCUAUGGGACAACAAGCAGAGUAUUUAAAUCCUGGAGUGAUGGAUUGUUCUGUAACAUUUAGUGUUGAUAAAAAUAUUUGUGUUAUAGGCGUUCAAGUUCCCACACAAGUUGCUUGUGAGGCUAACCAAAUGAUGCGAUCUGCUGAUGGAACUUAUACAGAAAUUCUAUAUGCUCAUUUACUUGAUUCUGACGGCUCUCGAUUAACUUACACACACUUUACCACAAAAGCUACUGCUGGUACAUUAGUUGAAAUUGGAUUUAAUAGGCCCGUGUAUAUCCAAAAAAAUAAGAUUUAUCGCGUUGGAGUUGUCUUCAAUAAACCUGGAUGGUAUCCAAUAGGAGAUUGUGUUCAAAGAAUGACGUGUGAUACUGUAUUCUUCUCUUUUGGCGUUGGCAAUAGUACAGAUAGCAUCAGAGAUGGUUUGAUUCGAUCUAUUGUUUUUACUUACCAUCAAUAA